CGCGCGCCUCCCCCGCCCCGCGCCUUUCCCGUCCCGGGGGCCCGGCGCGCGGCCCUGCUGACGUCAGCGGGCGGCCCGCUGAGCCGGGUGCGCAGAGCCGCUGGCGCACUCGCGCGCUGCACUCGCCUCCUCUCCCCGCCCGGUCCCUGGCGCGCGCGCGCUCGUUCGCUCUCCCAUUUUUUUCCCCUCCCUCCCUGCCUCUCUCUCUCUCCCUCUCCCUCGAGCUCCCGGCUGGUCGCGGCUCCCUGGCGCUCUCCCUCUCUCUCCGGUAGGCUCACCGAGCGAUGCGAGCUCUGGGAGACAGCGACGCCGCCUCCCGCUAGAGACCUGCCCCCCGGCCCGGCCCCCUGCCCAGCCCUGCCCUGCGCGCGGGGGUCGGCGAAGGCGCCGCGGACGCACCGACGGCUGAAGAGCGGCGAUGCACAUGCACUAGCAGCACCCCCUAACUCACUCCCUCCACAUCCCGCGCCGCCGCCGCCGCCUCCUCCACCUCCUCCUCCUCCGCCGCCGCCUCCUCCUCCUCCGGCAGCCGCGGCAGCAGGACCCACCCUGCCCCCCACCCCACCCUCCGUCGGCUCCGGCUGCGGCUCCAGCCUCGACUAUUAUUUUAUUUAUUUUGGGUCGUGCACAAGCCUCAGUGCCUGCAGCCCGCGCCUCCUCGGCCCGCGGGCGCCUCCUCCCUCGGCUGCGGAGCCCCAGACCCCGGCCACACUCGGUUCGACAACCCCAGACCCCCGCCAGCUGCCGCGAGUCUCCGCUGCUGGAAUCUUGUUAGCGGCUGGCUUUUUGGGGGGUUCUGGUUUCCCGACAUUUUUGUUUCCAGCCCAGGAGAGGAUAUCGUGAUUUUCCCCCCUUGAGCCCAGGCUCUGCUCUCUGGGGGGGUGGGGGGCGCUCCGAGCCGGGGAGCCGUGCCAGCCGAGUCGUGCGGGCUGUGGCAGGGAAGGGGCCACCAUGGGAUGUACUCUGAGCGCAGAGGAGAGAGCCGCCCUCGAGCGGAGCAAGGCGAUUGAGAAAAACCUCAAAGAGGAUGGCAUCAGCGCCGCCAAAGACGUGAAAUUACUCCUGCUGGGGGCUGGAGAAUCAGGAAAAAGCACCAUUGUGAAGCAGAUGAAGAUCAUCCAUGAAGAUGGCUUCUCCGGAGAAGACGUGAAACAGUACAAGCCUGUUGUCUACAGCAACACCAUCCAGUCCCUGGCAGCCAUCGUCCGGGCCAUGGACACUUUGGGCAUCGAAUAUGGUGAUAAGGAGAGAAAGGCUGACGCCAAGAUGGUGUGCGACGUGGUGAGUCGGAUGGAAGACACCGAGCCCUUCUCUGCAGAGCUGCUUUCUGCCAUGAUGCGGCUCUGGGGCGACUCAGGAAUCCAAGAGUGCUUCAACCGGUCCCGGGAGUAUCAGCUCAACGACUCUGCCAAAUACUACCUGGACAGCCUGGAUCGGAUUGGGGCCGCCGACUACCAGCCCACCGAGCAGGACAUCCUCCGAACCAGGGUCAAAACCACUGGCAUCGUAGAAACGCACUUCACAUUCAAGAACCUCCACUUCAGGCUGUUUGACGUCGGAGGCCAGCGAUCUGAACGCAAGAAGUGGAUCCAUUGCUUCGAGGACGUCACGGCCAUCAUUUUCUGUGUCGCGCUCAGCGGCUAUGACCAGGUGCUCCACGAAGACGAAACCACGAACCGCAUGCACGAAUCCCUGAAGCUUUUUGACAGCAUCUGCAACAACAAAUGGUUCACAGACACGUCCAUCAUCCUGUUUCUUAACAAGAAGGACAUAUUUGAAGAGAAGAUCAAGAAAUCCCCGCUCACCAUCUGCUUUCCUGAAUAUACAGGCCCCAGCACCUUCACAGAAGCUGUGGCUUACAUCCAGGCCCAGUACGAGAGCAAGAACAAGUCAGCCCACAAGGAGAUCUACACCCACGUCACCUGCGCCACGGACACCAACAACAUCCAGUUUGUCUUUGACGCCGUGACGGACGUCAUCAUCGCCAAAAACCUGCGGGGCUGUGGACUCUACUGAGCCUGGGCACCCUGCCCGGCACCCUUGCCCUGCCUGGCCUGCCGCCCCCCUCCCCUGGAACCAGGCUCCACCACUCUCAGACCACUCUUUGCACUUGAGGAAGAAGACCCCAGAGGCUGGCACCAAGGGAGGGAGGAGGGAGCAUCCUCCACCUGCACCCCCCAAAAGAACUCGUGGUAACGCAUGGGCGGGGCGGGGCCGCUGAGUGCAUGCUGCAAGGCCAGGAGACUCCGCCGCUCAGAGCCUCUGCGUCAUCUCUGAGUGCUUUAUCAGGAAGCUGUGGGGGCAGGGCAGGGCCGCCGUGUGGCCCAGAUGGGCACACCCUGCACCUGAUGUCUCACUGGAAGCCUCAGUGUCCUCCUGUCAUCUUGCAUGGUGCAGUGGCGCAGACAGCCCUGCAGCAGGGUGCUGGCAGGGCGGGGUCAUAGGAGCCAUCCUUCUGCUGUGCCUGGGGUCUCUGGUGGAGGGCAGUUCCGUCAACGAAAGCCAGGGUGGGACCAGGUCAACUUGGUAUGGGUGGGAGGACUCAGGCCUUGGCGAUGGCCUCCAUCUCCCUGCUCCCUCCCCUGGGUCUCAGCCCUUCCUUCUCUGGGUCGUCCUCACUUGCCUUUGCUCUCCCAGAGAACCCCCAUCCCUGACUCCUCCGAGUUCUGGAAAUGCUUCUUGAGACUGACUUAUGGCUCAGAUAGAUGGUGGCGGGGAGGGGAAGAGGGAGAGGUGGGAGGCACGGGGGAGGUAGGUGGAGGCUCCUGUGUCGCCUGGGCUGGGGCCUCCCGCCCAGUCCUUGCAGGCCAAGGGUGACCCAUUUCCUUUUUCCAGUCACCAGGAGCUCGGGUGGUCACUCUGAGGUGUGAAUAGAUAUGUUUUUUCUUCAGUCCACACUGAAUUCAACUCAAACCAGCAAAGGCCUUCGGGCUGGGGAUUCUGUAGCUGCAGAGGUCUGGGCGGGACAGAAGGUGGGGUAUGGUGUGCAGCCAGUGCCCUGCCUCACUGUCUUGGUGAAGAAAUCAGGGAGUUUGUCCGCAGCCGUUGGUGUCUUCUCAGCCCCUGGGGAUAGAGGACAGCAGGGGAUGGAGCUGACACCCUGGAGUAUUUGGGCCCAGGCCAGCACAAACACACUCCCCUGUCCCCCACUCUAAAGGGAGAGUCCUAGGACCCCUUAGAGGAGGCCUCACUGCCCAGAUCCCUGAGCAGAAGAGGGCGGGGUAGCUUCUCCUGGGGACGCAGGUCUGGCUGGCCUUGGGCAACCAACACACCUCUCCCACUCCGAGAUGCCUCCAGGUGGCUGAGGCCACCGCCCACACCCAGGCCAGUCGUGUGCUUGUACAGCAGGCUGUGCCUGGUGAUGUAGAUGUGCCAUGGAGGGAGGAGGGUACCCCCUACAGGCCUCUGCCUCCCUCCUCAAGCCCUCUGUUCUCCCUGCCCCGACUCUGGACACUGCUUAGUCCCCGGACAGGCAGGGCCCCUGGGUUUCCACUUGUAGCCCCCGGACUGCCCCAGAGCCAGGAAGCGCCAGUGCCAACAGCUCUGGACUUGUUGGACCCACAGGCACAGAGCUCUCAGUGGGGCCCAGGAGACCCAGGGACCUUCCAUAGUGCCAAAUGCCUGCAGGGACCAGUGCCUGGGAAGCCUCUGGCAGCCAGGCUGCGGGAGUCCCCCAUCAGCCCACGUCCAUUCUGUUUUGUGCACCUCGGUCAUGUUUUGGACCUUGCACCAGGUGCUGGGGCGUGGCAGAGGACAGGCCCUGGGAACCCAGUGUCCUACCAUGGACAUUGGGCAGCUAAGCCAUCCUGCCCAAUAUGGAAGACAUGGCAGUUAUUUCUCAGCAGCACCACCCUGGGUGAGGCCGGCUGUGCCCCUAACUCUGCUCCAAACUGUAACCCCAGGCUCAGAAGCAGCCGGCAAAAGGGGGAUGCUGGCCACGCUCCACCUCUAAGGCCAUCACCCUGGAGGUGGAAGUCACUGGGCUGAAGGGCUCUUCAUAUCCCCCAGCAACCUCCCUCAGACCACAGUGGCCAGAGCACCAGGCUGGGUCCAGGCUCCUGAUCCAGGCCUUCCCUGUCUAUAGAAUUGGGGCUGGAGGAGUGGGUGCUCAGGCCUUCCCGCCGUCCAUCCCCGGCCUGCCUUUCUCUUCCCUUGGAUGCUCCAGCCUCCUCAGUUUCUUGCACUGCUCUCAAUCCUCCCACCCUGGCCUGGGGGGGUCCUUGGCCCUCAGGGGUAUCCAGGGAGAAAUUAUCUCCCUGUGCGUGACGCCUGUCAUCCAUGUCGUAACCGGUGGCUCCACCUUGUGGGUGGCGACUGAGGGUGACAGAUAAGAUUUGGCUCCGUCGUGGAUGUGGAUGUGGGAGGAAUGUUGUGAGUGACCAGACAUGGGUGCGUUUCUAAUCCACAGUGGUCCUGUGUGUGCCCUGAGGGGCCAUGCUAACCUCUCCUAUGGCUCGGAUUUAGCAGGCCAAGCAGAAACUGAUUUCUACAAAGAACGUCUUUGCCAAACUCAUGAAAAUUAUGCCUGCCACUUUCAUGCCUAUGGGCCAGUUUUGUGACCUGCGCCACUGGCAAUCAUAAGAACCAGGUCUUGGCCUUCCCUCUGAGCACCAAUAGAGGUCCCCAAGGCUCUCUGGCCUGAGUAGGGCAUGGGGUCUGCCCAGCCCCAAGCAGAGAGCACAACCUGGGCCCCUGGCCAACAGCUUUGGCAUUCUGGGUUCCAUGGGGACCCUGGAGCUCAGGCAGAAGACCACCAUGCCUGCUGCCAGGACGCGGCUGUCUGCCAGGCCCUCCCCACAGCCCAGCUCCCUCUGGCAGGAACUGGAGGCAUCUCUGCCCUCCAUGGUCUGCACUGGUCUUCCCUGAGUGUUCUUAGGAGCAGAGGCAGCCCCAGGUUCCCACCUGCAAGCCCUGUCACUAAGCUGUCUACAAACCCCAACAGGGAAGACCCCGGGGUGGUCUCACCCACGCCCUUCCCUUUGGCCAACAUGAGUCCUGCAGUGGGGAGCUUAGUCCCUGCUCCCACCUAACACUCUACAGUUAGCACCCAGGGGUUGAUUCUGGAAGUUCUUCCUUUUUCUAGCCUGCAUCCUUCCUGGUCACCCCCUUUAUUUCUCAGUCUGACCUGGUGCACUCUUGGCAAGUAAGUUCCCUGCAGUCCCAGGUGGAUAUUUAAUGAGCACGCCAACUGUUUCCUCCAAGUCAGCGAGUGGCCUGCCCUCCCCCUUUUCAAGAAGUCUGGGGCACAGAGCCUCCUCUGGCUGCCUCUUCUCUUCUCUGAGCCUCUGGGAGCCUUCAGGCACAACCUGGCAGUUCUUAGGAGCCGAGACCUGAGGCUCCAGCUCCCCGGCCACCAGAGAUUCAGUGUGCAGUGCUGAAGGCAGUCACCCUCAAGCAGUUCCUGCUGUCAGGCUGCAAGCCUAGAGUGCAGGAUCCCAGCAGCCCAGGGAACAGGACCGGGGCGUGAGCUGCUGCCGUGGGGUCUGUGGUAGGGCUCCCCAUCUCCCACCCCUCAGCAAGAAGAGUCCUGAGCCCACCCUGCCCAGAGAGGAGCUGGGGCCUCCAGACAGACCCCACUCCAGCCAGAUGAAGGCCCCUGUCAAAAAAGAGGCAGGCGGGGGGGAGAGCAGAAAGAAUGGCCCCGAAUCCAAACUCCUGGAUCCCCUUCUUGAGAGAGGGGCUCCCCCUGGAAGAGAAGCUCUCAUCCCCAGGCCCAGUGCAGCAAGACCACCAGCAGAGACCCACUGCCCUUCCUGGCAGAGCCAGCAGCUCCGAGGCACUACUGCUCUCCUCCCUUCCCUCCCCACUCUCCCCUCCCUUUCCCUCCCCUCCACACCCACCCUGUUACUCCCACAGCUCUGGGCAGCCAGGCCCUCCCCUCCUGCCUCCUGGUCUUCUCUACUCCGCUGGUUCUGACCCAUCCCUUGGCUCUGCUGGCCAUCCCUCACCCUACCCCUGCUGAGUACCUUCUGCCUCCCCACACACCCCCCUUCCCCGUCUAGGCCAGGUGGGCUCAGGUGUCCCAGGCCCUCCUUAGAAAAGCCGCCUCUCUCAAGUGCAGUGGUCCCCUCCCACCCCCGUCGCUGCCGCCCACCCCGUAUUAACUGUAAUUUUGUAAGAAGAGUGACUUGUUGGUUUAAUAAAUCUCUAGUUAUUGUAAUAAUUUAUUGGCUGCCAUAAUGUAUUUAUUAGUCGCCUACCGUUAAUAAACAGUGCCCGCUUUCCUA